AUGUGCUCUGUGGGUGGACCAGAUAAGACUGUGUACAGAAAUGAGACCAUUCCCCAAUUUUCAUACGUAAUUGAAGACAAAAGGUCAAACGCAAAACGUUCAUUGGAUGUGGAACAUCUGAAAGACAGUGACUACAGGAAAAGUAAAAAGGCUUUCCUGGAGCUGAUGGUUUUGUAUCACCUGAAAAACCCUAGUUUUACAAUAGAAGACAUCGAAGAUGAAGUAAAUACAAUCAUGGCUGGAGGCCAUGAUACGACAGCAGGUACAAUGAAAUGGAUUGUAUAUUUACUGGGACUGCACCCGGAUGUUCAAGAUAAGGUAUUUGAUGAGCAAAGAUCUCUGUUUCAGGAUAAUCCACAUCGACCAUUAACUUACGAAGACACUUGUAAAAUGAAAUACACAGAAUGCGUUAUAAAAGAAACGCUCCGUCUCUUCCCGCCUUUGCCUGUAUUUGGAAGAAUAGCUCAGAAAGAUAUUGUCAUAGGCAAUCAGAUAAUUCCAAAAGACUCAUUCGUUGCUUUCAAUGUUUAUUCACUGCAUAGAAAUCCUAAAGUCUUUCCAGAACCAGAAAAAUAUAUUCCUGAGAGAUUUUUGCCAGAAAACAGCUCUGGUAGGCAUCCCUACGCUUUUUUACCAUUUUCUGCAGGACCUCGGAACUGCGUAGGCCAAAAGUUUGCCAUGCUGUCCAUGAAAGUGCAGCUGAGUCACUUGUUGAGAUCUUUUAAAGUGACUUCUCUGGAUCAUAGAGACCAAGUCAAUAUUAUGUGGAAACUGACCCUGGAUAAUGUGAAGCCAAUUCGUGUCAAAUUUACUCCUAGGUGA